AAGAAGAUGAUAAAUACACAAAUGUGGCAUUUCUAUAUGACCAGAUUUGGACUUCUUUUCCUGAUUAGUAUUCUCCCUGGAACCACUGGCCAAGGGGAAUCAAGACGGCAAGAACCUGGGGACUUUGUGAAGCAAGAUAUUGGCGGCCUCUCUCCCAAGCAUGCUCCGGAUAUUCCUGACGACAGCACUGAUAACAUCACUAUCUUCACUAGAAUCUUGGAUCGGCUUCUGGAUGGCUAUGAUAACCGGCUUCGACCUGGGCUUGGAGAUGCAGUGACUGAAGUGAAGACAGACAUCUAUGUGACCAGUUUUGGCCCUGUUUCAGAUACUGACAUGGAAUAUACUAUUGAUGUAUUUUUUAGACAGACAUGGCAUGAUGAAAGACUGAAAUUUGAUGGACCCAUGAAGAUCCUUCCACUGAACAAUCUUCUGGCUAGUAAGAUAUGGACUCCUGACACCUUCUUCCACAAUGGCAAGAAAUCAGUGGCUCACAAUAUGACCACACCCAACAAGCUGCUCAGACUGGUAGACAAUGGGACCCUCCUCUAUACAAUGAGGUUAACAAUACAUGCUGAAUGUCCUAUGCAUUUGGAAGAUUUCCCCAUGGAUGUGCAUGCCUGCCCACUGAAGUUUGGAAGCUAUGCCUAUACUAAAGCUGAAGUGAUUUAUUCUUGGACUCUUGGGAAGAACAAAUCUGUGGAAGUAGCACAGGAUGGCUCUCGCCUGAAUCAGUAUGACUUGCUUGGCCAUGUUGUUGGGACAGAGAUAAUCCGGUCUAGUACAGGAGAAUAUGUCGUCAUGACAACCCACUUUCAUCUGAAGAGAAAAAUUGGCUACUUUGUCAUCCAGACCUACUUGCCAUGUAUCAUGACUGUCAUUCUGUCACAAGUGUCUUUCUGGCUUAAUAGAGAAUCUGUCCCUGCCCGCACAGUCUUUGGUGUCACCACUGUUCUCACUAUGACCACCUUGAGUAUCAGUGCCAGAAACUCCUUACCUAAAGUGGCAUAUGCGACGGCCAUGGACUGGUUCAUAGCCGUCUGUUAUGCCUUUGUAUUUUCUGCACUGAUUGAAUUUGCCACUGUCAACUACUUCACCAAGCGGAGUUGGGCUUGGGAAGGCAAGAAGUUACCAGAAGCCCUGGAGAUGAAGAAGAAAACACCAGCAGCCCCAACAAAGAAAACGAGCACCACUUUCAACAUCGUGGGAACCACCUAUCCUAUGAACCUGGCCAAGGAUGCUGAGUUCUCUACCAUCUCCAAGGGUGCUGUUCCCAGUGCUUCUUCAACUCCAACAGUCAUUGCUUCGCCAAAGGUCACUUAUGUUCAGGACAGCCCUGCUGAGACCAAGACCUACAACAGUGUCAGCAAGGUUGACAAAAUUUCCCGUAUCAUCUUUCCUGUGCUUUUUGCCAUAUUCAAUCUUGUCUACUGGGCUACAUAUGUAAAUCGGGAAUCGGCUAUCAAGGGCAUGAUCCGCAAACAGUAGAUAAUAGUGGUGGCAUAGCAACCACUGUAUACCCCGUGAAUCAUCCAAACACCCAAAAUCCAGGGUUUCCUUUAUGUGUUUCAUGAUUCUUCUUUUCAACCCUGUUCCAAGCUGAGUGUAAUCACUUUCUCAAUUCAUAUUUAUAAACUUCAAUGAAAAUGUAACAACAGAAAAAUGACUUGUCCCUUGAACAUUGCUUGGAUUGAGCCAAACACUGCCAUUUGUCCAGUUGCUUAUCUUAGUGUGCCAGUCUCCCCCAGCUGAGGACACUGCAUGUGUUUAAUUUCACUCUGCCCAACAAAGAAGGAACAGGAGACUCUACUUUUUCUAAUGGAAACCUUGGCUGUAUGAAGUGCAGUGUGUUGAGAUACAGGAGCAUAUUAACUGGGCUGCAUUGGAUGAUUCUGACUCACUAUGGAGUUAGGCCCAGCUGUCUCAUAUAAUCUUAUCAUUCUGGCCCCUCCCAUGCCUCCAGCAAGGCCUACUAGAUAUAUGAACUGGUAGAAUGGGAAGAAGCCUGUGCAAACUUCUGAAGUGACCCCUAAAUAGUUCCUUGCCUUAGAAGUUAGUGGAGACAAUUAAGGCUCAACUCUGUCAAACAUAUAUGGUAGAGAGAGAGAGAGAGAGAGAGAGAGAGAGAGAGAGAGAGAGAGAAAACUAGUUGGGUCAUUCCUGUAUUAAAAGUGUGGGUUCUACUCUAGUUUCAGCCAGCCCCUCAAGAAAGUAGCAUCUCAAUAUAUGUCUCCUUCAGGAAAGCCUCAACAACACCAAGUCCCUUAUAGCCACCUGAGUAUUGCUUACUGUGGAUUCAUGGCUGCCUGUAAACUCUUCAGGAAAAAAAAAAAAUGAACAGACACUUUUAAGCCAAAUUUAAAAGGUAAACAUACACACAAAAUGAUCUAGAUCAAAUGCCUAUAUAAGAAUUGUUCAAAGAUGGGGAAUCUAAGAAACUCACCUCCCUGCCAAUGCAACUUGUCAAAUAGUAGAUGGAUUAAGAUGGUUGGUAAUGUUUGAAGGCUGAAAUCUGCCUCAAAAGAAAGGGCCACAAACAGGAGAAAGCAAAACUUUUCCUUCUACAUUGUACAUAUUGUGCUCCUCUUUCAGGCUCAGUCACUUUGCUCCCAUUAUGUCAAGGACUUCUUACCCACUUUGGAUGCUGAUUGCAAUGAGGGGUGAAUUGCAGAUUCAUACAAAUAUCUCUACUUAUUUUUGAGUCAGUUAAAUCAUUAACUUUAUUACCAAUUUUAUAAUGUAUUAGAGGACAUUUAAUCUCAGUUUGUUCUUAAAUGUAAGCAAAAAAAAAAACAGACAUAAACACACAAUUUUUAUAAGGUAGUCCCAGAAGUUUGAAUAAUUUGCCUGGAGUUCUUAGAAAUGUCUUUAAUAAAGAAAUAUCCUAUGCCCAUUUCCAAAGGCCAAAAUGAAGGAAUAACUGAGAAGCCAGGGCCAUUCUUAACUUAGAAUGAGCACAGCCACAGUGGGCCCUCUGGGUCAUGAAGACAGUUUGACACUAUAAAGGUCUUUAGAAAGAUAACAGUACAUUACCCAAGAUCACCUCUAGUAGUAAUGACUUGAAGGAAUGAGACUGUUUAAUACAACAGCCCCAGCCACUUUGGAUCUGAAUAGCUCAACUAGUCCAGAGUAUCCAGAAGGUCCAAAGUAAAGCCACAAGUAGCACCACAAGCAUAUUCUCUGCCCACCCACUGAACAAAGCUUCUAAGGGAUGUGUCAUUAGCUGCUGGUUGCCUUUUCAUUCAUCUUUCCCUUAUCCCUUGCUUCCUUGCCAUUGCUGGGAUAAUGCAUGCCAGUCCCAUUAUUCUUAAGAUGUGUCUGUAGGUAAAUUUAUGACUAGAAGAGUGUAGUCUUGUGGAUGUGUAGGAAUUGGGGGGUGGGGAGCUGUUAAUGAUUGUCUUAAGGAAUUUAAAAUGGAACCUU